AUGAAUCAACCGUAUGUAGACCGUUUUAUUUCUGACCAUGUUUCUGUUAUCUGCGAUCUAUUACCAGCCAAACCAGUUAUGUCAAUCAAAAGAGUUAGUUACAGGAAAUUAAAAUGUGUGAACAUGACCUCUCUAAACCAAGAUCUGGCUGGUACUGCAUUGUGUGCGACCUGUCGUGGUGAACCAACAAAUCUGUUGCCAGAUGACGCGGAUGCGCUGGCACGUGAUUACAACAAAACUCUGUCGAGCCUAACUAACUGUCAUGCACCAUUAAAGACCAAAAGUGUAAGAGCGAGAGCAUCGGCGCCCUGGUACAACGGUGAAAUCGAUGCUGCGAAACGACUUCGCAGAAAGGCCGAAAGAAUUUGGCGCAAAAGCAAAUUAUUGUCUGACUUUAAUCAGUUUAAGGUUAAACGAAAUCGAGUGACAUACCUUAUGAAUGAAGCGAGGAGAACGUUUUACACUAACUUCAUAAAAGAAAAUAGUGACAAACAAGGAAAACUGUUUAGAGCCGUAAAUAAGUUGUUGGUAGUGAAAGACGAGCUGUGUUUCCCGAAUUAUCACAACAAUGCGGCCCUGGCUGCAGAUAUUGGCGAAUUCUUUGUACGAAAGAUCUCAAGAAUACGGUCUGACAUUGAUGCUAUGGUCGUUGACUCCUCUGUAAGUGAUUUAGUGCCAGAUGAUCGGGUAGUGAAUAAAGACAUAGCAUUGAAUUCUUUUCGGUGUUUAACUGAGAAUGAAGUCCAAGAUCUUAUCCAGGCGUCAGCAAAAAAGUCAUGUGCGCUAGAUCCUAUGCCUACGUCUUUGGUUAUCCGUUUAACCCCAUUACGUCCUGUGAUUACACAUAUCAUCAACUCCUCACUGCUCACUGGCCAUUUCCCUGACAAAUGGAAGGAAGCACUUGUCAAACCUCUUAUCAAGAAAAAGGGACUCGAUGCUUUGUUCACCAACCUUCGACCCAUCAGCAACUUACAGUAUAUUUCUAAGUUGACCGAAAGGGCAGUCUAUAACCAAACCUACCACCAUAUGAUGACUCACGAACUUUUCCCUCUACUCCAAUCUGCAUAUAGAAAGGGUCAUAGUACAGAGACAUCGCUUCUGAGAGUGCAGAAUGAUAUUUUAAUGAACAUGGAUCGACAGCAGGUGACUCUUCUUGUGCUCCUUGAUCUCAGCGCGGCUUUUGACACCGUGGAUCAUGGAAUUCUUUUGCAUCGUAUGGAAACCUCUUUUGGUAUAACUGGUACUGUUCUGGAGUGGUUUAGAUCGUAUCUUACAAACAGGUCUCAACGUGUUGUGUUUGGUGAGGGACAGUCAAAAAGUUUUCAGCUUCCAUAUGGCGUGCCACAGGGUUCCUGCCUAGGCCCCUUGUUGUUUACUGUUUACUCUAGUAAGCUGUUUGACAUAAUUAAGAAAUAUCUACCAACAGUACACGCAUUUGCGGAUGAUACACAGCUUUACUUGUCAUUUCAACCAAACAGCAGAACAGGUGAGGCGGAGGCAAUCGAGGCGAUGGAGUUGUGUAUAAAGGCUCUUCGGGCAUGGAUGAUCACAGAUAAGAUGAAACUGAACGACGACAAGACAGAGUUCAUGUUAUUGAGUACCCACCAGCAGCUUAGCAAAGUAUGCAUCGAGAAGUUGUUUGUUGGUGACGUCACCGUGACCCCAGUUUCUGUUUCUCGGAAUUUGGGAGUAUGGUUUGAUUCUCACAUGAGUUAUGUAACACACAUAAAUAAAACAUGUAAAGCUGCGUUUUUCCACCUUCACAACAUCAGAAGAAUCAGAAAGUUUCUCUCAAACAAGGCAGCUCAGACAUUGGUUCAUGCAUAUGUGAUGGGAAAACUUGACUAUUGUAACAGUUUACUUUUUGGGUUACCUGAUAAGCAGAUAAAGAAGCUGCAGCGUGUGCAGAAUGCGGCUGCCAGGUUGAUUUCCUAUACUCCACGGUUUGGACAUAUAACUCCAAUGUUGCGUACAUUACAUUGGCUUCCAAUUAGAUUUAGGAUAGAAUUUAAAAUGUUAAUUAUAAUAUUUAAAUCUAUACAUGGUUUAUCACCUGUGUACACAAGUGAUCUUAUAAGUACGAAACUACAGAGUAAAAUUAAUACUGUCUGCGAUCAAAUAAUGAACUGUUACUUGCGCCGAAAGUAACUAAAACGAAGAAGACUCUUGGAGAUAGAGCUUUCACCGCAGCUGCACCAAAACUUUUUAAUGAACUUCCCCGAGAAAUACGUACUGUGACAAACCUCAAUCAUUUUAAAACACUUAUUAAGACAUUUUUAUUUAGGAAAGCGUAUGA